AUGGUAAAUCCAACGAAGAAGGCCCCCGGAAAACCAACCGAAGCCGAUGGAGCAUCGCCACCGUCCUUCGAUGCUGAUGUGUGGACUUCUUUGGAGGCCAAGAUGACCAAGGAGCUCGACGCAUAUGUUACAAAAUCAUUCAAUCAGCUGAAUAAUAAGUCAAUCAACAACAAAGCGGAACGGGCCAUUCACAUUGCUUCGAAGGAGGGACAUUUACUUCUUCUUGAUUCGCUUUUGCGACACGGUGUCAAGACAGAUGUGACCAAUGUUGACAAUCAGACACCAUUGCAUCUUGCCAUUGAGAAUGGACAAGAGAAAGUGGCGAUCAAGUUGAUUGAGAAACGACAAAUCUCUCUCUCGAUUACGGACAAGAAAGGCAGAUCGCCCCUUCAUGUUGCCGUUCAGAAAGGACAAGAGAAUGUGGCGAUUAAGCUGGUCAAGGCAUCACCAUCCUUGCUGCCCUUGGCAGACAUGGAGAACAGUCUGCCGCUACACUACGCCACAUUGAAGUACCUUCCAAACGCAGUCAAGGAGAUUCUUAACCAAUCUGGCGACAAAAACGUGGAUCAUCGAGACAAGUCUGGUGAGACACCGCUGACGCUGGCUUUGAAAUCACUAGCCAAAGAUUCGGAGACAGAAGAGAAGACGAAGAUGAUGAUCAUCAAACUAUUGGUGGGACAUGGCGCAGAUCUAACACAAAGACUUUAUUGGUCUAAGCAAGAUUCCCUGCCGGUGCUUCACCAUUUGGUGCGCCAGGGCAGGAGAGAUGUCCUGCGUGAGGUGAAGACUCCGUGGGAGGUGAUUAUCAACAUGAGAUAUGAACCGCAAGCCGGCACCCUUGGUUCACGGUCGAGUACGCAACAGAUUCCGUUCGGCGCAACGCCACUCUACGUUGCUGCAACAGCUGGCAGCCUCAAAUCGGUCAAAUUCCUCCUUGAGAAAGGAGCCGACCCGAAUAUCGGAUUGUCAACUGGCUCUUCUAACGAGCCUCCCACACCAUUAUGGGUUGCGUUGAACAAAAGUCACACUGAUGUUGCCAAAGCACUGUUGAAGCAUGAUGCGAAAAUAGACGUCGAAUGGCAAGGUUCCCACAUGCUCCACUUCGCCAUUGAGAAAACUUCAGCACAAUGCAGAACUGAAGUUGUGAAACUUUUACUUUCACACAAUGCCAACCUUCAUCAAAAGGACAGCAGCAAAAGGAUACCAUUGAUAUUUGCUGCCGAGAAAGGCUGCAUCUCUUCUCUCAACGCACUGUGGGAUGCACACGCAAAGCUGGAACUCCCUGAGACUCAUGCUAUGGAUGCUUUGAAGGCGAUAUGCCGGGAGGGACACCACUGUUGUGUAGCUCUGCUUUAUGCAAAGGGGGCUGACAUCAAUACCCAAGACGAACAUGGCUAUACACCAUUGCACUAUGCUGCUAGCUAUAACCGUACUGAUGUUAUCAACGUCUUGUUGUCCAUGGGUGCAGAUCGUACUGUUAAGGCUCAAACGAGACAAGAACCUUUCGAGGUGGCUGGGACGGCCGAGGCUGUAGCGAGGGCAUCUGGGCACGUUGAUACGGCUGGGCUGAUCAAGAACUGGGGGCAAUGA